AUGUCGGAGCAGCUGUACGAUGAGUUAGGAAAUUAUAUAGGACCCGAAUUGGAGGAGUCAGAGGAGGAGACCUCUUCUUCAUCUGAAGAGGAAUCCGCGCCCGUACCGGAAGCGGAGAGUAAGGCUUUAGAUAGAAUUCCAGAAUAUGAGGUUGACCCGAAUGCGAUGAUGAUAGUGGAGGAGGAAGAUGCUCAGCCGAUUACGCAACCGAUAAUUGAGCCGGAGAAGACGAACAAGUUCAACUUGAUAAGUGAAGAAAAGCUUUCUGGGCAUGAGUAUAGAUAUUUGGCGUCAAUGAGGAGCUGUCCCGAGCUCUGUCGAUCAAUCGCCAUUGUGGGUGAUAUUCACCAUGGAAAAACGGUGCUUUGCGACUUGAUGACUGAGGGGCUGGAUGCCUUGAUGGAUAUCACAGAGUCUGAGACGGGACGCACCCGGGGGGGUCCAGGUCAGCAGAGUAAGGGUCAGCAGAUUAAGGGUCGAGUUACCGGUCCAAAUCGCAGUACAUUGAGGAGCAGUAAGGGAGCAGCGCAUACGCGGGAGAAAAAGUUCACUGACUCUAGACUGGAUGAGCAAGAGCGAGGCGUGUCGAUAAAGAGUAGUCCCCUUUGUCUUCUGCUUCCGGACUUAAGAGGGAAGAAUUACCUUAUCAAUGUCUUGGAUACACCGGGUCAUGUUAACUUUCUAGACGAAGUAAGUGCAUCCGUGCGGCUUAGCGACGGUGCGGUUUUGUGUGUUGAUGCGCUUCAAGGCCCGAUGAUUGGGUUCAAAAAAACGCUCCAGAUUUUGGCGCAUGAAGAAGUGAAUAGCAUGGUUCUCUAUCUCUCAUGUAUCGACCGUCUUAUAUUGGAGCUCCGGCUUCCUCCUCCGGACGCCUACUUAAAAUUGCGUUACGUGAUUGGCGAAGUAAAUAAACUUGUGCGUGAGACUUGGACCUCUCUGGGCAAAGUCCCGCCCAAGACGUUUGACCCCGCCGUAGGCAACGUGGUCUUCGGCAGUGGUCGAUAUUCCUUUGUGUUUUCGCUCAGGUCUUUUGCGGAAUACUACGCCAACCAGAAACACCGUGGAUCGAAUCCCAAUAAUGUUUCUGAGUCUACUGGUGAGUCCUGUGGCGAGCAUGCCGUGUAUCAGCAGCCGAUGGCUUACGACGCGGAUACAUUGACUCAGAUCUUUUGGGGCGACAUUUGGUUGAAUCCUCAGACACGCAAGUUCCAGAAAAAAAAACCGGCAGUGGAGGACGAGGAUGAGGACGAGGAUGAAGCGGUGGGUCGUACCUUUGUCGACUUCAUUUUGAAGCCGAUUUACAAGAUUUUUUCACAUGUGGUUGGAGAGGAGAAGCCUACGUUGAAGCCUACGUUGGAAAACGACUUGGGGAUUUUUCUGGAAGAAUCCGACUAUGACUUGGACACAAGGACGCUCCUCAAAAAGGUCUGUCGACUGUACUUCGCGGGUGUAAGUCCGUUAGUCUCUGCAGUGGUGGAACAUAUUCCGUCACCGAAGGCCAAUGCACACUACAAGGUGAUGGCGACUUACUCCGGGUCAUUGGGCACCGCUGUAGCGAAGGAUAUGUUGACGCUUAAUUCCGAGGGCCGUUGCAUAGUCCAUACUACAAAGUCGUACCACCGACAUGACAACAAGACCUUCGACGUUUUUGGUCGUGUCAUGUCAGGAGUUUUGAGACGCGGUAUGAGGCUCAAAGUACUUGGCGAGAGAUAUUCUCUUCACGAUGCAGAGGACAUGGCCCUCGCCACCGCGGAGCAUUUGUGGAUCUAUCAAAGUCGCUUCCGUAUCGAGGUGGAGGCCGCGCCUGCAGGUUCAUGGGUGCUGAUUGGAGGAGUCGACGCCACGAUUCUAAAAAGCAGCACUCUCGCGGAACUGCGGCCUGUCCACCCUUCGUCUGGACCCGUGGUAGAUGAACCGGAGGCGGAGGAUGACUGGGAGGAUGAGGUGGAGACGUUCCGUCCGUUGUACUUCGCUGCGCGGAACGUGGUACGAAUUGCAUGUGAACCAAUCGCGCCUGCGGAGUUGCCAAAGUUGGUAGAGGGUCUUCGGCGCGUGGCGAAGGCGUAUCCUUCGGUCCGGACACACGUAGAGGACUCUGGUGCACACGUGUUGGUGUGUGCAGGAGAGUUAGCAGCUGAUUGUGCGCUGCACGAUUUGCGUGUCGUGUAUGGUGAUUUGGAAUUGCGUUGUGCAGAUCCCGGGACAGUCGUGUGCGAAACAGUCAUAGGGGAGACCGCGACGGCUGCGGCAGUUGGAACACCGAAUGGACAGAACAAGUUGACAUUGAGUGCGGGCCCUUUGGAGGAGGCUUUGGUGAGUGCGAUAGACGCUCAGUUGGUGCAUAAUGACCUGGCGCCAAGAGAGUUGGCAGACCUGCUUAAGAAGCAAUAUGGCUGGGAUACAUUGGCCGCUCGAUCGGUGUGGGCCUUCGGGUCCCAGGGUCUCGGCGUACAGGGUCUCGGAGCGCAGGCUGUGCCAAGUGUGCUAUUGAACGACAUAUUGCCGAGCCGUACAGAUACCAAACGACGCGAUGUGAAUGUAGUGAAAGAUUUUAUCACUCAUGGCUUUCAGUGGGCUGUACGAGAAGGACCACUUAUUGAAGAGGAAGUGCGAAACGUUAAAUUCCGACUUAUAGACGCUACCAUCGCACCCGAACCUCUCUAUCGUAAUAGCGGUCAAGUCAUACCGACAGCUCGACGUGCAGCCUACGCUGCACUCUUGACAGCUGAGCCCCGGCUCAUGGAACCUAUGCUCCUCGCCGAGGUUGUUUGUCCCGCAGACUGCGUCACUGCAGUCGUCGGUGUACUCGCUCGUCGACGUGGUCGUGUACUUUCCGAUCUACCAAACCCUGGCACACCUCUCGAGACCGUUCUAGCCUUCGUACCAGCCACUGAUGCCUUUGGCUUAGAGACUGACAUUCGCAUACACACCUCCGGCCAAGCCUUCAUACAAACCGUAUUCGACCGCUGGGAAACAUUACCCGGAGAUCCUCUAGACACCUCCAUCCGUCUCAGACCAUUUGAACCCGCCCCUUUACUCGACCUCGCCCGCGAAUUCCUACUCAAAACCAGGAGACGCAAAGGACUCUCUGACGACGUCAGCAUCAAACGCUUUCUGGACUAG